UCGUUGAAAUGUAGCUAUCAAAACCGAGGGUCUUGUUCAUCAACCUCGUCUAACCCAACUCACUUUCCGUUUUAUCCAAACGUCAGCUCAGCCACACCUACGUAACUUCGCCACCUCCGGCUCGGACCCAACCGUUUUCAUACCGAACCCGGGCACACCUUCAUUCUAAAACCGGCGAUCUACCGUGAAGCCCACCGAUAUCGUCGUGACAAGCACAGAGAAAGAUGGAAAUCUCAAAUCCUCGUCGGAUACUGGCAGUCUCGCUAGCCGAUUCGAGCCACCAUUUGAGCGACGUCAUAAGAGACCUGACGGGGACAACCCCCUCCCCGGCCACCCCGGACGCCACCCUGGCCGGGACGACGCACCAGCUCGACCUGUCGACGGCGUACUACCGCGCCUCUGUGCCCGUUUGGCUCGACCUCGUCGGCCUCGGCGUCUGUGACGGCAAGGACGGAAAGGAGGAGGAGGGGGAGGAGGAGGAAUGGGCGACGUCGUUCCUCUCCCCCGAGGCCCGCGAGGUCCUUUCUGCGCUGGGCGCCGUCGUCGUCGUCUUCCCCAUCGCUUCUGCCCCUGCUUCUGCUGCUACGGGGGCGCAGGGGCAGGAGCAGGAACGGCGGCAGCGUGGGCUCGUCCGCCAGGUCGGGAGGGUCGUGCGCGAGGGUCUUGGCGGGUGGGAGUGGGAUGGUGUCGGGCUGGGGGUGGCGGUUGGGGAGGUAGGGGAAGGGGAGGAGGUGCUUGAUCGGUGGGAGGAUGCGUGUGCCGAGUGGGGGUUGGAGUUUGUGCAUGUCCCGGCUGCUGGGGGGGUUGGCGGCGAGGAGAGGAGGAAUGAGUAUGGCGAGAAAAUGGGCAUCUCCCGUGUGCUCGAGGCGCUCCAGGCCAACGACUGGUCCCAGGCCGAGUUUGACGAGGAGGAGGAAGCGAACGAUGCCGGUGGUGGAGAGAGCUCCCAUGUGCGUGCCCCGAAAGGGGGAACGGAUCAGGGCAAGGGCGAUGAUGGGGCCGGUGACGACGACGACGACAACGAUGAGUUCGACCCCGAGAGCCUCGACUUUGGCUUCGACAGGGAAGACUUUGCCGGCUUGAGGAAAGCAAUCUGGAGCGCUCAGAGGAGGGAUGAUGAUGAUGAUGAUGACGAGUUUAUGGACAGAACGGGCAUGGCACCAAAGGGCACGGCGCAGGAUGACAGGGGCGAGGACGGAGAUGAGGCUCUGGGGGAAGACGACGUCCAGAAGCUCGAGGGCAUGAUGCAAAAGUUGCUUGCGGUCAGGGAUAUGAGCGCGGGCUUGCCAGAAGGACAGCGGAAGAGGAUGGCAAAGCAAGCUGUUACGGAGGUCAUGAAGGACCUCUAAAGAGACCCUGCAAUAAGGUUGCCAGUUCGGCCCAGGGAUAAUACAUCUAGAAGAACAUGACAUGGCCGCCGUUCUUCAGGGAAUGUCAGGCACGUUUUCCGUCCCAAUUUCCCCCAGUCUCGACGGCGUCAUAAGCAAGGCCAAAGAGUCAAUAUCCACAUAUUGGUACGUGAGUGGCGGUACUGCCACUAGCACCCA